CCAAUCCAGGUCAGAGACACGGGCAUGUCCAUUAAAGACGACAUGCCAAGGUCUGACGUGAACAAGGAAUAUUACACUCAGAACAUGGAGAGAGAGAUCCAGAACUCAGACGGUACCAGACCGGUUGGGAUGCUGGGUAAAGCACAGAACCCCAGUGACAUGCUGCUGAAGCUGGCGCGAACCACGCCAUACUACAAACGCAACAGACCCCAUAUCUGCUCCUUCUGGGUGAAGGGAGAGUGUAAGAGAGGAGAGGAGUGUCCCUACAGGUCAGACUCUUCCGUUUGAGUGUUUUAAGGGGGUUAAAUCUUUCACUUGUUAUGUCAGUCAUUUUUUUCUCUUAGUACUAUGAAAGAAGGCAAGUAUCACAGAUACCAAUAUUGACCAAAAUCAAUUUAUGGGGUUGAAAUGAGUGAAUAUAGCCAUUCAGUAUUAUGGUCAAAUUUGGGCCAUUUGGGUCCUCUUAAAACAGUCUUCACAUGAAUCCAUUAUUAUGCAUUCAGUACAAAAAUAUUUUAAUCAGAAAUUUUUCGGUCAGUUCACCUUCUGUAGUCUUGCAGGUUUUAUAUUUUUCUAAUUAAAAAGAUAAAAAAAAACCAUACUUUUUGCAUGCCGUAUUAUCAUGUAAUUGUCACGCCCAGUUGCCUGCACCACUGUGAGGCAUUAGAGGGCGUUUCUGUUUUGUGUUCCUGCCUGUUGUUCUGGUCAUUGACUCCAUUUCCCAUAAUGCUGUGUUUUCAUUAGUGUUUAUCUAGUUCAGCUGUGUUCCAUUUCCUGUUUGGUCUUGUGUUUGUGUAUAUCAAGCCCCGGUUUGCUAUUGUCUGUGUGAGUUGUUGCUAAGUGUUACCUCCUGUGUGUCUGGUGACCCCUUCCUGGUUCAGUCAUGUAUUUCAGAGCUAUUUAUCUGUGGAUUAUCAUUAAAGGAUUCUAAACUGCAUUUUGACCCACUUCUGUUGCCUACCUGUCUGCAGCCGUAACAGAACAACUCACCACAACAAAGGAUCCAGCAGGAAUUUUCAUCAUGCACCCACGUCAAAGUACUUGUUGUGACCCUUUAAAGAAACUUUGUUCCAUUUAUC